CUCGGUUAAUACGGGCGGCCACGAGCGCGUAAUUUAUAAACGUCACAUACACCUCUCCCUCUCUCUCGCGCGCGCGCGCGCUCCCUCUCUCUCUCUCUCGCUCUCUCUCUCUCUCUCUCUCUCUCUCUCUGCGCGCGCUGAAGCGCUUCGGUACAGAGUUUAGUGCACACCCUUUUGCACACACACACACACACACACAUACGCGCGCGCGCGCGCACCCGUAAACUUGAAAACACUUUCACGCGCGCACACACGGACCGCACUAAUGGCACAGACAGCGCGCGCUCAGUCCGGACUCCAGAGACCGGGACAGUCUUAAAUGAUAAGAAGAGGAGGAGGAAGAGGAAAGCACCCGCAGUAAUCCCGUGCAGAGAGUGUGAUCCAGAGGCGAGUUGUUCCUCAAUCCUAGUCUGGAUUAUGUGCUCGGUUUGACAGUUUUGUCGCGCGCUCGGAUGAAUCGCUGCACCGGAAUCCGCCGCGGACGCGGCACGCGGGGACUGGGGAUACAGCGCGAGACCGUGGGGGUAAACUGAUCAUCAUUCUCAUUCUCUCGCUCUUUCUGUCUUUUCGCAGAACUAAGGCAGCCAACCUCUAACAGCGUCCACCAGAGGCCCUGAGAGCACCGGCACGCCUCGCUUCUCCGCUCACGUUCUUCCUUUAUUGCGCACUCUGUCCGUCUCCUGCUCUACAUGGAGUCAGGGGAGUUAUGGAGCCAGGUGGAAGAUCCCCUCGUGGGGAGCUUUAACACUUCAGACUUUAGAACCGGAAGUCCUUUAGCGUCAAUGGUGUCAAGGAUGACGAACAAUCAGUCGUACGGGAUGUCGAACCAGACCGAGCCGUUUUUCAGCAGCAGCAUGGUGAUGACGGCGGUCAUAUCGGUGAUCGUGUUCAUCGUCGGACUCAUAGGCAACACGCUGGCCAUCUACGUGGUGCUGCGGUAUGUCAAGAUGAAGACCGUGACCAACAUCUACAUCCUGAACCUGGCGGUGGCGGACGAGCUCUACAUCCUGAGCCAGCCGUUCAUGAGUACGCAGAACGUCCUUUCGUACUGGCCGUUCGGAUCCUUCCUGUGCCGCGUGGUCAUGACGACCGAUUCGCUCAACCAGUUCACGAGCAUCUUCUGCCUUACGGUGAUGAGCAUCGACCGUUACCUGGCCGUCGUUCACCCUCUCCGUUCCAGCAGGUGGCGCCGGCCCCGCGUGGCCAAAGCGGUAAGCGCUGCGGUGUGGACCACGUCGUUCAUAGUGGUGCUGCCAGUGGUGAUCUUUUCCGACGUUCAGGACAAGUUCAAUUCCUGCAACAUGAGCUGGCCAGAGCCGCACACCAUUUGGCCAGUGGCGUUCAUCCUCUACACGUCUGUGCUCGGCUUCUUCGCGCCGUUGCUUGUGAUAUGCGUGUGCUACGUGCUCAUCGUGGUGCGGGUGAAGGCUUCGGGAGCGCGGACCGGAUUGGGGAGGCGGCGCCGCUCUGAGCGCAAGGUGACGCGCAUGGUGGUGGUCAUCGUAGUGGCGUUCGUGCUCUGCUGGCUGCCCUUCUAUACCGUCAACAUCGUCAACCUCAUAUUCCACCUGCCCGAGAACAGCGUGAUGGUGGGCGUCUACUUCUUCUCAGUCAGCCUCACGUACGCCAACAGCUGCGCCAACCCAGUUCUCUACGGUUUCCUGUCUGAUAACUUCAGGCAGAGUUUCCGGAAGGUGCUGUGCCUGCGCAGGGCCAACGGCGUGGAGGACGGGGAGCCGAGCGCGCCACGCACUGACAAGACGAGCGCAUUCGAUGGCUUCCUUCCAGUGAGGAACGACCACAUUAAUGGGCAUGCGCAGACCAGCCAGGACAUGCAGUUGGAGCCGUUCUCGGGUCAAACGUCGCAACCGCAACCGGUGAAAUCUAAAGUGAUUGGCCAGUCCUCACUUUAA